AGAAAAAUACACCAGAACACACGCACGAAGAAGAAUGACCAAUCGCAGUUUGAACUGAACGGUGCACCGUAGUUGUAGUAAUCAUGGCGGCGUCAGACAGUGGUAGUGAGGAUGAUUUUGUUACUUACGGAACUCCUUUGGAGCCGCUGGAGGAAGAUGAGCCACUUAAAAAGCCAAUUCGGCUUCAAGACCAGACUGUCAAGGAUGAGAAAGGAAGAUUUCAGCGCUUUCAUGGAGCGUUUACAGGAGGCUUUUCUGCUGGUUAUUUUAACACUGCGGGUUCGAAAGAAGGAUGGGCGCCAUCAACAUUUGUAUCAUCCCGACAUCAAAAAGCAGAAAAACAAAUUUUUAAGCCUGAAGAUUUUAUGGAUGAAGAGGAUCUCGGUGAGCAUGGGAUAGCCCCUAAAGAAAUCAUGACCACAGAUGACUUUUCAUCCAAAGCGAAAGACAGAAUCGAAGAGAAAGCAAGAGCCCUGGCUGCACUAUCUGCCCCUAUCCCUGGAGUCACUAUCCUGGAGGACCUUGUGGCUGCUGCAAAAAUAUCCGUUGGUGUUCAGUUACUGCGGAAAAUGGGCUGGAAGGAAGGGCAGGGAGUUGGACCGCGGGUGAAGAGAAAGCCUCAAAAGCAGAAACCUGACACUGAUAUGAAAUUCUACGGAUGCCCAUUGCCUCCUGAAAGUUCAGACAAGUCAGAGAAUGAAGAUGAUGAUGACUAUGCUCCUGAAAAUGUGACUUUUGCACCUAAAGACAUCAUGCCUAUAGACUUCACACCUAAAGAAGGUCUUCACGGGCUGGGGUACAGAGGCUUGGACCCCAAGCAGGCUUUGAGUGGAGGCUUGGGACGAGGACACUUCAAUGUGUUCAGUGUGGGCUCUGAGAGGGCGAGCAGCCUACUGGGUGACGAUAAACACCGGAGGAAUAGGAAGGGCGGUGUGUUGGGACAGGCCUUUGGUGUGGGAGCUCUGGAGGAAGAGGACGAUGAUAUCUACAACACAGACUCUCUCUCUCGAUAUGAUACCACUCUGGGUGAGGAGGAGCCUGGGGAUGGCAUGUAUGGCUGGACGGCACCACAGGAGUACACGAAAAAGAAAAAAGGAUCUAAUAAAGAUGUCUCGUACAUUGGUAAAAUUUUAGAGGGUUUUACACUGGCCUCAAUACCUGCUGCUCCUAAAAAGGUUUACCAUCCUCCUGAACUGCCCCGUGAUUACAGGCCUGUACAUUACUUCCGUCCCGUGCUGGAGGCGGGCAGUGCCAGUUCUCAGGUGGUGCAGGUACUACUGGCAUCGGGUGGGCAGAUGAACCAGGAUGCCCAGUGCACCGGCAGGCACCAGAUGAAUGCAGUCCAGAGGAGGGAGCUGCUUGGAGAAACUGCUCUACAAGGCCCCAGCUCUGUCUUUGACCUCCUGAGCAGCAAAGACAAGGAGCGGAUAAAAGAAUUGAAGCAGGCGGCUGAGGAGAAGCAGGCGGCAGCAGCAGCAGCAGCAGCAGCAGCAGGGAGGGUCUCGGCACAGCAAGGCCUGUCCAGCCGCUUCCAGACUCCUGCUGUUGACGAGGCUCUGAGCGCGUGGCAGAACAUCAGCAUGGAAUCAGCUAGCACUUUCAAACCUUUUGAGAAGAACCCAGAAAAACAAGGACGAUAUGACGAAUACAUCACACAACUAAAACAGGGGAGAAAAGACGCCCUGGAGUCCAGUAUGGAUCAGCACAUGACGGAAUGGGAGAGAGGCCGCGAGCGAGACGAGUUCAUCCGUGCAGCAAUGCUCUAUAAACCCAACAACUCAACACUGGCGUGCAGAUUCACACGAGGAAAGCAUGAGGAGGACGCUGACAAAGUAGAUGUCCCCAGAGAUCAAGAGAAUGACACUGAUGAUAAAACAGCAGCUGUGAAGAUGAAAAUGUUUGGGAAGUUAACAAGAGAUUCAUUUGAGUGGCAUCCAGAUAAACUACUGUGCAAGAGAUUUAACAUCCCUGACCCCUACCCUGGCUCAAGUUCUGUUGGCAUGCCGAAGGUAAAAAGGGACAAAUACUCUGUGUUCAAUUUCCUGACUGUUCCCGAAAGCACCAUGCCUACAGCACAGGGAGUCAAACCUGAGCUGUCAGUACAGAGCAAACCCAGUACCUCAGAAAAUGCCUCGAAACCUUCAGAACCAGGCAGGCGAUCUAGGUGGGAUGUUUCUGCCCAAGAAAAGGAGGGCAAAGAUCCUAUUAGCCAGUUCCUUAGUUUGGCCAGAAAUGAAGCAGCUGCAGAGAAGCAAGGAUCCCCCUCGACUUCAAAUGAGCCAGAGCCUGGACAGAAGGAAGAACCUCCCAUAGAGGAAAAGGAGGAGGAAAGUCGCCCGCCAAUGGAUUUGUUUAAGGCGAUCUUUGCCUGCUCUUCGGAUGACAAAACUUCUUCAUCCGAGGAGGACAGUGAGGAAGAGGAGGAAGAGCAGAAGAAACCAGAAGAGGAUCCAGGACUCCGCCAAACGACUGAGCCCCCUGUUCAAGAGACCCUACCUGAUACCAUUCAAGUAACCCAACCUCGAACCGAAGAUGCUCCUUCUACACAUUCUUUAAAUCCUUCCCAGGAUCAAAGACACAACGAGGAAGAGUUUGGGCCCAGACUUCCACCAAGUAUAUCCACUGGACAAGAAAGAUCAUUGUCAGUGACUCCUGGUUCAGCUGUUCAUGAAAAACACAAGAAGAAAUGCAAAGAGAAGCACAAAGCAAAAAAAGAACAUAAACACAAGAAAGAAAAGAAGAAAAAGAAACACAAGAAGCACAAGCACAAAGGCAAGCACAAGAAGAAGAAAGCGGAAGAAAGCAGCAGCAGCACAGACGACAGCGAUGACAGCGAUAUGGAGGCUUCAUUGCAUGGGUUAUCACCUGGAGAGCUACUGAAAAGGUUAAAAAGUCUUCCUCCAACAAAGAAGUGACAAGCAGUUCACCAUGGUACCAUUGUAUCAUUGCAAAAGGAAUUGUCUCCUCUAUGAGAAGAACUUAAGGCACACUGUAGCGUUGUGAAAUUCAUCUUUAUUGGGUGUUUAUACCAACAUGUCUGCUGUAGACAUCACUGAAUAAAAUACAUGUUUUUCUUCCUCCUAAAUGAAUAAAUAAAUACAUAUAUAGCUUGACAUUUCAAUACAUGGCAAUAACAUAUUGUAUGCUAUUAUAAUCGGCAGCCAAGAGGGUCGAAUACUCUUUUCUAAUGACCGUGCAGUAGUUCAAGACACUUUGGUAAGUUAAUGCAUAAUGUGGAGUCCUCUAUCAAAAGAAACCCUUGAAAUAUAUUGAUUCUUAUGUAUAUACAAGUGCCCGCCCAGCCAGUAAUGAAUGGUAGGUAAAACAAAAGAUCAGAGAUCACCUUUUAACCUUUUUACCUCCUAACCUUCUUUAAAUAGAACAGACUGCAUUUUGACCUCAUGAAGUUCCUUUGCUCUUUCCUGGCGCUCCAUUGAAACUCCUGGGAACUGAUGCACUCCGAGCGCUGUUUUGCUUUACGUUUAGCACGUUGGACAGGUUUUAUUCACUUGGUCUAAACAACAUGUUUUUGUGAUCAGUCUUAUCAUACAGUGACAACCACUUAAUAUAAUCAGUGGUUCAUUGAAUAAACCGUAUACUGUCUCAGCUAGGUUCUGAGCAGAGCAGUCAUUAUCUUAUGGUAGAUGUCCUCUAAAAGCUAACAGGACUCACUUCAUACAACGGCUUAAAUGUCAUGCAGUCUAAGCGAUGCAACCCAAAAUACAACCUGAAACAUUUUUUAAAAUGUCUUCAUACACAAAGUCAUAUGUCUGGUUUAUAAAUAACCUGUUGAAAACGGACCUUUGGCUUCGGACACCUAACUAAAUUAUCUUGCAGGUAUGUACCUCUGCGUUGGACUUGCUUAAAUACUGCAUUACCUUUGCUAUUCACACAACUGACAGUUUUAUUAAAUGCAAAGCUGUGACCACAUUAAGAGGUUUUCACUGUAUUUAGCAGUACUAGAAAAUGUAACUUCAUCUGUGUUUCUAAUAAUAUUGACUUAAAGCAAGCAAAUGUAUUAAACAGACACAAAGGAACUAUAUUUUACUGUACAAUUGAUCAUGAUUGUAGGACAGUUGUAAAUCAAGUUGAUACCACUCCGUAUUUGUGUAAUAUAUUUUGGAACAUGUUCAGCCCUUUAAUUAUUGGUAAGGAUGUUCUCUAAUUUUUUUUUUUUAAGUGUCAGAAUCUGGGGAUAUAUAUCUAUUCGCUUAUCCGUCCCUAUAUAGUAUGCUUAUUUAAUUUUAGAAGUUUGUUUACAAAGAGUUAGUUAACAUAAAUUACUUGCCAAGUUCGAAUGGUGCAUGGUUUCCCCAGGGCAUAUCCAUUAAUGUUCAAGUGACUUUUGAAUCAUUCUGUCUUUCGGUGAAUUGCAUCAGGUGUUUUGUAUUAAAGCCCUUGAAACAAGCUAAAUACUAAACUUUAUUUUUAUGUGAUCUACCCAAAGUCAUAUUCAGAAAGACAUUAAGACGACAUUUUAAGUAAUGACCAAAUUUGGAACAAACCAGGUACAGUAAGAAACCAACUGCAUAUGUUGUCAAUAUGUAAAAGAGUAAAGCGAAUAAUGAGGUCAAAGAUCAACAAAAUGGGCAUUUCUGCAAACUUCUGUCCAUAUGCACCACGUGUUCCAGAUAUCAUCUUCUCUGGAACCCUUUGUCCCUCAUCUGGUUGUAUUAUCAACUACAAAGGAAAUGGCAAACCAGAAUGUGGUCCAUUUGAGCUGAAAGUAACACUGUAAAGUGCCAAAACACUGCUAUGAAUUAGGAAUGAAACUCAAACAAAAACAGAAUACCUUAUCAGAAUGUCCAUGUCUGUAGAUAUAUAUAU